CUUGCGUGACACUGCUAGUCGGUGUCAUCAGCCAGGCACCGGCGGCGUGGGUCUCUUGUCAAACUGUGAACUAUUUCUGCUGUCUGAAGAACAGAAUCAUAACUAGCUGGGAACUUUUGUCAAAAUGACGGAACGGAAAGGAACUGCAAAGUUGGACUUUCUGAGGAAGAUUGAGCGAGAAAUCCAGGAAAAAUGGGAGAAGGAGAAGGCUUUUGAAAAUGAUGCGCCCUCAACAGUUGGGGAAAGCACAAACAAAAGCAAGUACUUUGUCACCUUCCCCUACCCUUACAUGAACGGUCGUUUGCACCUUGGUCACACAUUCAGCCUGUCAAAGUGUGAGUUUGGUGUUGGUUAUCAGUCCCUGAAAGGGAAGAAAUGUCUCUUUCCAUUUGGGCUACACUGCACAGGAAUGCCAAUCAAAGCCUGUGCAGACAAGCUAAAGCGAGAGAUGGAGCUGUAUGGAAACCCCCCACAGUUUCCAGAUGAGGAGGAAGAAGAGAAGGAAAAGCCAAAGACCUGUGAUGAAAUAAUCAUCAAGGACAAAGCAAAGGGCAAGAAGAGUAAAGCCGUUGCCAAGUCUGGAUCCUCCACAUUUCAGUGGGACAUCAUGAGGUCUCUGGGUCUGAAUGACCAGGAUAUUACCAAGUUUGCCAAUGCUGAACACUGGCUGGAGUACUUCCCUCCCCUGGCUGUUAAAGACCUCAAAAAGAUGGGUGUUAAGGUGGAUUGGAGGCGUUCAUUCAUUACCACCGAUGUGAACCCCUUUUACGACUCCUUCGUCAGGUGGCAUUUCAUUACUCUAAAGGAGAGGAAAAAGAUCAUGUUUGGCAAAAGGUACACCAUCUACUCCCCCAAGGAUGGUCAGCCCUGCAUGGACCAUGACAGGCAGACAGGAGAGGGAGUUGGACCGCAGGAGUACACUCUCAUCAAGAUGAAGAUGGUCGAGCCAUACACGGCAAAAUUCAAGUCCAAAGUCUUUUACAGCAGUGGUAUGAAGGGUAAGAACAUCUUUCUGGUCGCUGCCACUCUGAGACCAGAGACCAUGUUUGGCCAGACCAACUGCUGGGUGAGACCUGACAUGAAGUAUGUCGCUUUUGAGACAACAAGUGGCGACAUUUUCAUCUGCACCAGAAGGUCUGCCAGGAACAUGUCCUACCAGGGCUUCACCAAAGAGAAUGGAGUGGUGCCUGUGAUCAUGGAAAUACUGGGACAGGAUAUCCUUGGCUGUGCACUGAGUGCGCCUUUGACCUCCUAUAAGAUUAUCUACGCUCUGCCAAUGCUCACCAUCAAGGAGGACAAAGGUACUGGUGUAGUUACCAGUGUCCCUUCAGACGCUCCCGAUGACAUUGCAGCUCUCAGGGACAUCAAGAAAAAACAGGCCUUACGUGAGAAGUAUGGAAUUGAGGACAAGAUGGUGCUGCCUUUUGAGCCAGUCCCUAUCAUAGAGAUUCCAGGAUAUGGGAACCUUUCAGCUCCGCUGGUGUGUGAUGAGCUGAAGAUCCAGAGCCAGAAUGACAAAGAAAAGCUGGUCGAGGCCAAGGAGAAAGUCUACCUGAAAGGAUUUUAUGAAGGGAUAAUGCUGGUUGAUGGCUACAAGGGGCAGAAAGUCCAGGAUGUUAAGAAGCCUAUCCAGAAGAUGAUGGUGGAGAGGGGUGAGGCCAUGAUCUACAUGGAGCCAGAAAAACAGGUGAUGUCACGUUCAGCUGACGAAUGUGUCGUGGCUCUCUGUGACCAGUGGUAUUUGGACUAUGGUGAUGCUGAGUGGAAGCAGCAGGCCAAUGAAGCCCUCAAGUCUUUGGAAACAUUUUGUGACGAGACCAGGAGAAAUUUUGAAGCGACUUUGGCCUGGCUGCAGGAACAUGCCUGCUCUCGUACCUAUGGACUUGGAACGCGGCUGCCUUGGGAUGAGCAGUGGCUGAUUGAGUCACUAUCAGACUCCACCAUCUACAUGGCUUACUACACUGUAGCCCACCUUCUCCAGGGAGGUGUGCUCAAUGGACAGGGAGCUUCACCGCUGGGCGUCAGGCCAGAGCAGAUGACCAAAGAAGUGUGGGACUUUAUCUUCUUUAAGACAUCUCCUUUUCCCAAGACUGACAUCCCCAAAGAGAACCUACAGAAACUGAGGAGGGAGUUCGAAUACUGGUACCCCGUGGACGUCCGUGUGUCUGGCAAGGAUUUGGUCCCCAACCACCUGUCUUAUUACCUGUACAACCAUGUGGCUAUGUGGCCCAAAGACAAUGAGAAGUGGCCACAAGCAGUGCGAGCCAAUGGACAUCUUCUCCUUAACUCUGAAAAGAUGUCCAAAUCAACUGGAAACUUCCUCACUCUAAGCCAAGCCAUUGACAAGUUUUCAGCAGAUGGUAUGCGUUUGGCUCUGGCCGAUGCCGGCGACACAGUGGAAGAUGCCAACUUCGUAGAAACCAUGGCUGACGCAGGCAUCCUGCGUCUGUACACCUGGGUGGAGUGGGUGAAGGAGAUGAUUGCCAACCAGAACAACCUGAGAACAGGACCUGCUGACACCUUCAAUGACCGGGUCUUUGCCAGUGAGAUGAAUGCAGGCAUCUUGAAGACUGAGCAGCACUACGACAGGAUGAUGUUUAAGGAGGCUCUGAAGAGUGGCUUCUUUGAAUUUCAGGCAGCCAAAGACAAAUACCGUGAGUUGACCAUCGAAGGCAUGCACAGAGACCUCGUCUUCCAGUUCAUAGAGAAACAAACUCUGCUGCUGGCCCCCAUCUGCCCACACCUUUGUGAAUACACCUGGGGUCUGUUGGGAAAGACUGGUUCUGUAACAAAGGCGUCGUGGCCCGUGGCAGGUCCAGUCGACGAGAUUUUGAUUCGUUCCUCGCAGUACCUGAUGGAGACGGCACACGACCUCCGACUGAGACUCAAAGCGUACUUGCUCCCCCCAAAAAGCAAGAAAGGCGACUCAAAGCCUCCAGCCAAGCCUUCUCACUGCAACAUCUAUGUUGCCAAGACCUACCCUCCAUGGCAGCACAGUGCACUGUCCCUGCUCGGCAAGCACUACAAGAACAACGACGGCAGCCUUCCAGACAACAAAGUUAUAGCGAGUGAGCUCGGAGCCCUCCCUGAACUGAAGAAAUACAUGAAGAGAGUCAUGCCUUUUGUAGCCAUGAUCAAGGAGAACUUGGAGAAGAAUGGGCCCAGGGUUUUGGAUCUAGAGCUGGAGUUUGACGAGCGAACAGUCCUCACGGAGAACCUCGUCUACUUAACCAAUUCUUUGGAGUUGGAGCAGAUAGACAUCUUGUUUGCAUCUGAGGCUGACGACAAAGUGAAGGAGGACUGUUGCCCCGGGAAACCAUUCUGUGUUUUCAGAUCAGAGCCUGGAGUGUGCGUUUCCCUCGUCAACCCUCAGCCGUGCAACGGCAUGUUUUCCACGAAGAUUGAUUUGCGGCACGGAGACAGCAGAGACAGCAUCGUCCGCAGACUAUGCAAGGUCAACAGACUCAUUAAAGACAUGUCAAGAGUGAAGUUGAUGAGGUAUGAGGACCCCAUACUGGGGCCACGUCGAGUGCCUGUCCUGGGACAGGAGGAACAGGGCAAACUGCCCAUCUCCAGCAAGUCAGUGUUCAGCAUCAAUCUGGAGGAGAAGAAGGUCACUCUGGCUGAUAAUGGCCUCACUGUGGACAUAGGGGACACUCUGGUUUAUUUAGUUCAGUAGAGUAGCAGUCACUCACUGAAGAACACACACGCAACCUCCGGGGGGGUUCAGCAGUGGAUCAUUUUGUAAAAGGUUUUAAUUCAUCAUGAAAUGCCAGACAAUUGGCAAUUUUGGUUCAAAGCCAUAGAACGCCGGCUCAAAAUUGUACAUGCAUCGUAUCAUUAGUCCUUCUGUUCCUGCACCAUUUCAUUGCAACACUCUAACUUGCAUUAGAUCCGAAAGCUCGUCCUUUGUUGUGUCAGUGGAUUUAUAAAAGAUGCGAAACAAAAACAAUAAUGUUAUAGUUUUAAACAAAGGAAUCAAUAAGCGACAUCAUGAAAAACGGAAUAUUACAAAAUACCUCAAUGAUUCAGUUAUUCUUUCUCUUGCUGCUGAAUGCUGCCACAGGGAAUAUCUGAAUCUAAUGGGACCUUCUAUCUUUUUUUUCGAUCGCAACUCUUCCUGGUGUGCAUUCAAAUCUGGGUUUAAUCGGAGCAAAAGAACACAGACUGAAGUUCAGCACAUACGACCUGAUAAUCACAGAAUUUCAUAUAAACGGUGUAACCAAAAAAUAAUGAUACAAUUUGCAAAAUAUCACUGACUCCACUCCUAAUUUCUUGCUAUAGGAGUUUCAAACCCGGAUUUGUAUUCUGUCUUUUCAUUGUCUCCAAGGUUAAAGUUGAAUUUUGUAUGUUUUUUUUCUCUGUGGGCCAUUUCCUUGUCUGAUGUAGUACAAUAAAGUAACUAUUUGUAUAAUCAAGUGGUUUGAAUAAUGUUUUGUUUUAUUUUUCCCCAAAAGGCAAUGAACAACCGUCUACUACCAUAUUCUGUUUUGUUGCCGACCAACCACUUGGUAUUAUGUUAACACAUCGGGAGACUUCCUUCCCCUGCAUCGCCCCCCCCCCACGCCUGUUGUUUUCAUAUAGAUGGUAAUUUUGCUGCUGUGAUGUUUUCACAUCGGAGGUAAGGAACAUCGUUCCCUUAGCCUGUCAGACAGCUUUCACUGUUUUUCUCAGUGUGGGUGGCACAUGUCUGACUUGUGCUUUUCCAGAGAAACAUAAUAAACCCAUUGAAAAAUCCA